CACGUAAUCAUUAAGAUAAGGGCACCUUUAUAAAGCGAGCUUGCUAAGAGCCUAGGUAGAAUCGACAGACCUGCAAGCUAGGGAAGGCGACCAAACGGCACCUAGGAAACUUGCAUUAAAGGAAAGUCAAAACUUCACCAUGAAAUUCGCGCCGCUCGUUGGAUUGUUCAUACUGUCUAUAGUAUGCCAAACUCAGUCCGCUCCGGCCGAACUGAAAGCCGCUGAGGUUGACCAAGAGCAGACCAGGAGAAGGCGGUCCAUCCUCGCAGCGGUCAUCCCCGCGGCAAUCGAUCUGCUGCAGCAGGGGAUAGAGGAAUACGGGCGGCGGAAAGCUCAGGAGCUGGAGGAAGCCCAGCUCGAGGCCCUCCGAGACAUCCAGCGGAAACUUGGCGUUCUGGACCGGAAGGUCGACGCACUCCAACGCACCAUUGGACGGCUGCAGUUUGGGCAGCAAUGGCUAGAGGGCGCUGUGCUGUACGGCAAUGACAUUCAGAGGUUGGAAUAUUUCCUGGACUUCUUGGAGAGACGCCUGAGCCCGGGAAACAGCGGGCAGCUGGUGCCGACUAACCUGGCGGAGGAGUGGGCGGAUGCCGUACUCUCUCUGGACGACGACGGAGCAGGACAGGUUUUACAUAAUAUCCAUGAAAUGAUCAUCGGAUCUUCUGGACUUUUCGGCCGAAACUCGCUCUUCGUUCUGUACGAGAGCACUCUGGAUGGGCAGUCGGACCAAUACUGGCCCAAGGUUCGCCAGUUUCUGGAUUUCACGUUUUCGAUCCAAAUAGCCGGGUACGCCGCCUGGGUGACGUCACUCAACAUCAAGAACAGGACCCUGCAGGAGGUUAGUGACGUCAUCGACACGGCCAACACCCGGAUUGAGCAACAGAGAGUUUUCCUGCUGCCUUACACUAAAGAGUGGCCCAAGGGAUCGUACGGUCUACCGAGGACCAACACAGGCUGCCCUGUAGCUGCGAACGCUAGGUGGCGCGGCGGAGUACGUCACCACGACACUGAAGACGACGACAACAGCAACGCCUGGAUCGGCGGCAUCCACUUCGACGGCGGCUACGGAAGGAACAUGGACCAAAAGUUCUGCAUGAAGACUGAUGCCGACAUGGGUGAAGGGAACUGGCCAGCCGGGAACUACUGCAUCUUCAAGAAGGGAAACUGUCCGACUGGUUUCCAGUGGGGUAAGCUGAAGUGGGACGACGAAGAUGACGACAAUCAGAACCGCGCGAGUGGCGCGUUGCCUGACGGGAGUUACGGCAGGAACACGGAGAUCCAGUACUGUUGCCGGGGCGACGGGAGCGCGACCACGCCCAUCGUCCUGCCCAGCCGCAGGCCGUUCUAUCUCUUCCGCUUCAGGGCCGGAUGUCAAAGGGUUGCAGACAUGUCCGUCCGUGAGGAGUGGUUUCGGUGGGACGAUGAAGACGAUGACAAUCAGAACGGGUACUACGGCGCACACCCGUUUGAUCAUGGCGGCAGGAACCACCAGAUUCACUACUGCUACUACUCUUAGAUAAAAAAUAUCGUUUUAACUACAAGUUCCAACACAACACAGAUGAAACUUUCAAGCUAUAGCUAGUUAUAUUAAGCUCACGCAUUUAAAUUGCCCUUCACAAUAAUGCUCUUGAAGUAGAGAUGUGAUAUGAAAGAUAACAUCUAAAGGAAUAAAAAAACUGAUCCAUUCAACCACGCCAUUGUUGGUUGAGCUAGCUGAUGUAAACCAAGGAUUAAUCUAUUACAGUGGGCAACAUGGAACAAGAGUGUAAAUACAUGUACUGUAUAAUCGUGGUGAAGUCAAAGACGUAAUGCGUAAUAGCCGUGUGACGUGAGCAGUGCCGGUCUAUAAAUAACAAUACUAGCGUUUGAUUGAGAAAUGGUAUGGUGUUUGGCCUUUAAUUGUUUAUUAAAUGCUUCACCUUACAUGUCAUAUAGCACAAUAAAAUAUGGCA